AUGUCUCAUUUUGACCUUCUCAUCCUUGGUAGCGGCGAAGCUGGUAAGUAUCUUGGCUGGACACUUGCAUCCACUGGGAAACGCACGGCAUGCGUCGAGCAACAAUACAUUGGAGGCUCUUGUCCCAAUAUUGCUUGCUUGCCAAGCAAAAAUUUUAUCCACUCCGCAGACAUAGUAUACGAGGCCUCGAAAGCCAUGCAAGAAGGCUUGUUCAAGGCCGACACAUCAACUGUCAAUAUGAGUGUAGUGAGGCAAAGGAAGCGAGAUAUGGUUGAUAGCCUGGUAGAGAUGCACAGGGGGCGGUUCGAGAGGAGCGGAUGCGAAUUGAUCUCGGGACAUGGGCGCUUCGGUGCUCCCAAAGAGAUCAUUGUCGAGGCUUCCAAUGGCUCAACCCGGACACUGACCGCAGACACAAUUGUUAUCAGUACCGGGUCACGCACACGCAUCCCCUCCAUACCUGGUCUUGCCUCUGCUAAGCCACUGACACAUAUUGAAGUUCUUGAUCUUGACGUUGUACCGCCGCAUCUGGCUAUCCUUGGCGGCGGCUACAUCGCUGUCGAGUUCGCACAGUGUAUGCGUCGAUUGGGAUCUCAGGUCACUAUCUUCUCGAAUUCAGCUCAAAUCUUGCCUCGCGAGGACGAAGAUGUGUCUUCAGCUAUCGCCUCUAUCCUUGAAAAAGAAGGUGUCCAAUUGCAAAACGCCUUUAAAAUUGUCUCUGUCGAAGGAUGUUCAGGCGAGGCCGUUAUUCUCACUGGAUCAUCUCAUGGAGCUACCAUCAAGAUAGAGGCCACUCAUUUACUGGUAGCCACUGGCCGUAUUCCAAACACCGACGACCUAGGCCUUCAGGAGGCCGGAAUAUCAACGACUUCAGACGGAUAUAUUGACGUUGAUUCGCAUCUCCAUUCAACAUCAACCCCGAGCGUCUUCGCGGUUGGCGAUUCCGCAGGCAGUCCUCACUUCACUCACGUAGCCUACGACGACUUCCGAAUCGUUCGUGAUAGUUUAAUAGGGGCUGGCAAACGUGAGACACUCGGCAGGCAGGUUCCCUACACCCUUUUCACCUCCCCAGAACUUGCACGAGUGGGUCUUACCGAAGCGGAAGCGGCGAACAAAAAUAUUGCAUAUAGGCUUGCGAAGUUACCAAUGCAGAAUUUCUUGAAGACUAGGACUAUUAAUAGAACCGACGGCUUUGCAAAGGCUUUGAUAGGCGAAGAUGAUCAAAUCUUGGGCUUUGCGGCACUCGGUCAAGGCACUGGUGAGCUGCUGCCAGUCGUGCAGCUAGCGAUGAAGCAGGGAUUGCCGUACACGAGCAUUGCCGAAUUGGUCCUGACGCAUCCGACCUUGUCGGAAGGGCUAGUCUAUCUGUUCAGUGCAGUGCCGGCUUCAAAGUGA